GGGAAAUAAAACCCUACAUCUAUUAUAUCAAAUCCUGGGUGCCAUUUUUUGAUUAGUUCCAUCUCGUGUACCAAUUUCUAACACAAAUCUGUUAUGAGUAUUUUGUACUUAUAAUUUGAUUGCCUAUUUUCCUCUUUUGUUAUUGACGUGACAACGUCUAAUAAAUCGAUGAACGCCGGCUGCACGCACGAAAAAGUGUCCCAUUACGCACAUUGUCCCAUUACGCUGUGCCCUGUUACGCUCAUUGUACGCUUGCGCCGCAUCUAUCUCUCUUCCGCUCGAUUGGAACAACCAUCGAUUUGACUUUUUCGAGGCACAUUAAACUUGAAACACUUCCAUUUAUUUCCUACUUUUCCUAUCAUCGUCCUAUCCUUAACAGAAUAACACAGAUUGGAAGAAGUUAAAUAGCAAACAUGUAUAAAAGUUAUAGUUAAAAUAAUCUGUUCGUUAAAGUAAUAAACAUAUUUGAAUUAAUGGGUUCAAAUAAAAGUAAAUUUAUCAAUUAAAUUGUAGAUUUCAUUUCACUCCUUCUUUGUAUCCAUACAAAAUAGCGAUAAUUAAAUAAAAAUGAUUCAAUUUUAUUCAUAAAAGUAUGCAAUCAUUUCAUCAAUGUUUUGUUAGGUAUGACGUCACGUUAAACUAUCGUCCGUAAACCGACUUUACAGACAACGAAUUUUUUUUAUGUAAUGUUUAAUGUACAGAAAAAUUAUAUUUAGUAGAAAACUAGCAUGAUCAUGUGAUUCACAUGGAGAUUUUGCAUCGGUAGAUGUUGUUUUCGGCACUGUGCAAGUGAGGGAGCUCUGGGGCCGUGCGCCCGUGACGGAGUGCGUGCGUGCGUACGUGCGUGCCGGCAGGCGCGGGAUGGCGGCCAAGAUGCCGGAGCUGAGCUACUCGUGUGAGAUCUGUGGCCUGGAGGGGCUCAACGACGAGGAGAUGCGCUCCCACAUGGUGGUGCUGCACCUGGAGGGGGCCGCCUCCUGCCCCUUCUGCGACCUCGCUGAUGUGUCGAACGAGGAGAUGCAGACUCACGUGAACGCGGCGCACCUGGACUACCUCACGCCGGAGCGGGAGCUGCUGGCCUUCAUCGACGAUGAGGACAUGUUCGACUGCGAGCGGCCGAAGCCGGACGGCCGCGCGCCGCCGCCGCCGCAGCAGCACAACGGCUGGGCCGCAGACAACGGCAACAACAACAACAACGACUGCGACGACGCGGACGACUCCGGCAAGGAAGGGCGGAGACGGGGGGGCCGGGCGGCAGCGGCGGGGGGGGCGGGCCACGGCUCCCCGCUGCGCUCGGGCCUCGCGCUGGACCUGCAGGCGAGCGCCGCGCGCGCGCCCCGGAGGCAGCAGUGCCUGCUGUGCGCCUACCGCACGGACUGCCCCCUGCAGCUGGAGGAGCACAUCAACCGCCAGCACUUCGACCUGACUAGCCCCUCGUUCCCCCCCUCGCCGCGCGACGCCGUGUACCACUGCCCGCUGUGCGUGCGCCACUUCCAGAACGCGGCCGACCUGGAGCUUCACGUCAACAUCGAGCACAAGGACGUGCUCAGCCCGGCCAAGCCCAACCACGUCCCGGCGAGCAACGCCGACGCCUGGACCGAGAGUUGCCCCGUGUGCUGUACGUCCAGCUUCAAGUCCGCCCAGGAGCUGGUGUCCCACAUAGAGGACCACUUCAACCAUAAAGGAGUGUCCCCCGUCACGCCGGACGUGUCGUCCGACCGCCUGCUGGCCCGCGAGAUCGAGAAGCGCGAGCGGGAGGUGAGGCGGCAGCGGGAGCAGCACGAGUUCGAGAUGCUGCGGGCGCAGUACGGCAUGGACAACCAGGGCAACUUCCGGGAGCAGAGCCUCACGAACAUGCAGAAGGCGGUGUACGCGGGCGAGAUGUCGGUGGCGGACUACUACGAGCGGCAGAUAGAGCUGCGAGCGGCCGAGAGCAGCGGCGUGGACGACGGCAGCUCCUGCACCAAGGACGUGGUGUCAAAGAUAUGCGCGGUGAGCGCGCUGUCCGCCAACGUGGUGGCCACGCUGAUGUGCACCACGGCCGACCACUACGCGUCCACGUACGGGGACAAGGGCUGGGGCUGCGGCUACAGGAACAUGCAGAUGCUGCUGUCGUCGCUGCUGCACCACACGGGCUACAACGAGCAGCUGUACAAGCCGGCCCUGGGCUGGCACGCCAGCCGCAGCGCCGUGCCGUCCAUCUCGCGCGUGCAGCAGAUGGUGGAGUGGGCGUGGCGCCAGGGCUUCGACGCGCAGGGCUGCGACCAGCUGGGCGGCAAGCUCUUCAACACCCGCAAGUGGAUCGGGGCCACGGAGGUCGUCACCGUGCUCUCGUCCCUCCGCAUACGCUGCCAGCUGGUGGACUUCCACUGCCCCACGAGUCCCGACGGCAGCCACCCCGAGCUGUUCAACUGGGUGCUGGAGUACUUCCAGGGCAAGGACGAGUUCAAGCCCCCGCUCUACCUCCAGCACCAAGGCCACAGCCGCACCGUCGUGGGCGUGGAGGCGCUGAGGGACGGCGGGCUGUGCCUGCUGGUGCUGGACCCCAGCCACUCGCCGGCGCAGAUGCUGCAGUUCGCCAACACGAGCACGGCUCCUGCCGCCAUGCGCCUCAUCAGGAAGUCCCUGGCCGCCAUGAAGGCGCGCCAGUACCAGGUGGUGGCCGUGUGCGGGAUCAUGGACACGGAGCACGAGUACCAGCAAAGCAAGAUGCUGCGCAGCGUUCGUGUGCCCCAGGACCGGUGAUAGCGCGGCACGGCUAGCCACUGCUGCCUUUACCUAGAACUGUCUGUUUUACUGCCUUAACGUCUAGUCAUUUUUUUGUUUCCACACCGAUGCGUCGGGGCGGCCGUGAAGCACGGCAUUAUCACCCCCCCCCCCCCCCCCCCCCCCCCUUCUCGCUUGCCAUCGCAGGCACGGCACCGCGCGUCUGCGCUCCGCUGAACACUUGUGGCAGCCCUGUUCCAAACAUGCCUCCAGCGUGUAUUUCCUUCUGCAAGUACGUGUUUACAAUUCUAGAGAUUCCACACUCAUUCAUAUCAAUAAUUUCAAAAAAAAAAAAUAAUAAUAAUAAUAAUAAAACAUUUAGAUGUAUAUGUAAAUAUUUUGUUACGAUUAAUUAUUCAGAACAUUUUUCCUACUGGAUGUAUGUCCUUAAAUGCUCAUAUGUUUAGUUAAAUGGACGUAAGAAUAUUUGGCUAAUAGACAAAAAUUGGUCUUUCUUAUUGGUUGGUUUUUCUAUCUAUAUUAGUGUGAAAUCAUUAUCUAUUCAAAUGAGUAUGAAUAAAAAUAAAGCUUAGCUUGGUGGCUGCCGUCACGUGUCAUGUCGUUCGAAGUCGGUGCAGCUACGAACUGGCUUUCAGAAGUGUUCUGAUGAGCGCGGACGCACUCUAGCGAGUGUGUGUGUGUGGCCCUGUUCAUAAAUUUUGUAAUUUUCUUACCUAUUCGUUGACCUGUAGAGUUCUAGUGUAACACAGUAAUGCAAUAGGUGGCAAGUCAUAUUUGCUAAUAAUCAGUGUUUUAUUUUAGUAAGUCCUCAUUUAAGGCAGUUCGAAUUUAGUGAACUUUAAAAUGUAAAAAUCAAAAAAUUUCACAAUGUAUUAGCAAAAUAGUUGAUGCUGUAAGCGAAACUUGUACUUAAUUUUUCUGUGCAGGUAGUACUAGAGUGCAUUUUGUGUUUGCUAAUUUGUUUGCAUUGCUGCAAUUUUAUCGAGAGAUGAAUUUUUUAUGCUGCUAUUUGUAGCCUGAUCACAUUUUAUGUAUAGUUUUUGUGUUGCCAAGUCUUGUAAGUGGGUAUUUGAAACUGGUCAUGUAAGUUUUUUUUAGAGCAAGUAUUGAGUUGGGUACCGCAUGUUAGUUAAAGAUAUUGUGAAUAUUUUUGUGUGUAUAAAAGUGUUUUAUAUGAGAUGAUUUUAAAAAAAAAUCCAAAGAUUAUUUUAUAAGUUCUUUUCCUGCAUUAUUUGUUUCUUGGUUGAGCUAGCGUGAUAAUUGAAAAUGCACCAAUGUGGUGAUGGUGCAACCAGCUAUUGAGGCAUGGCUUUUUUUCAUCUGGGGUCCUAAUGGACACAUUCCCAAUCAAGUGUUAACUUUAAAAAUAAAUUCAAACCUUGUAUAUUUCUUAGAGUGGAAACGGUGUAAUGUAGUUAGGUUUCUUUAAAAUAAAAAUAUUUCUCUUUGGCUGAUGUAUAAAAUCACAACCAUACACAUCUAGCCAAGUUACAGACAAAGUAAACAUUAGAUAUUUCAUUAGGGGAGUUAAAGGUGUUUGUCUGCUGAAGUUGAAGUUGUUAAGAAGUUCAAUAUUCUCACGUCCCUAUAAUGUUUUAGUGUUAUGUUCUCCAGCGCUGUGCUGUGGAAGCCAAAUUUUAUGCUUCACAAAUAUAGAUUUAUAACUAUGUAUGUUUGUGCAUUACCAAUUUUAUUAGGUUUCUCAUGAUAGAGUUUCAUGUGUUAAGUUUAAGGAAUCAUUGACAAAAGGACCAAAUGGUUAAUGUAAAGUUAUGAACUUUAUAGCCCCAAUAAAAGUAUUAUUUACUAAUAAUUUUUUUAUGAUAGAGGAUUACGAAAACUUAAUUUUCUGUUCAGAGGAUCGAAGGAUGAAACUAAAAGAAUCAAAAUAUGAGAGACACUUCGCAAGGUUGAACUGCACAAGGAAAAAGAGUCCUGUAGUUGGAUACCAUCCAAAAAGAAAAAAAUUUGAGUUUUUCACAGAUCUAUUCUGCAGCUAUAACUGAAGAUUCUAUUUUCAUUGUGUUCAAUCAGCGAGCUGAGCUCUAUUGCAGUAUCGUCCGUCACUUUGCACGGAGCCCUUAGGGUCUAACUGAGCUGAUUGUUCUUAGGAACAUUUAAAUAUAUGUUUUGCUAAUGUGAUUUUUUUUAUAUAUUUUUGCUUGGAUUCAUCAUUUUAAAAGCCUUUUUUUUCUUCUUAAACUACAAAAUAUGGUUACAAUACAAAUAAUUUUUAUUAAAAAAAAUACGUUUUUAAAACUUAUUACGUAAUAUAAAAAAUCAGGUCACAAGCAGUAACAUAAACCUGGCAAUUCUUCAUCCUACUUGGAAAUUUCUACCUUAUAAGGUAUUUAAUCAGUAGCGUACUCUUUUGUUUUCAUCUGAGGCCAUCGUAGUCAAGGUUACUUUCCCGCAGCAGAAGCUGCGACUGUGUGGCGUACUUCAUCCACUGAACAUGCAAGUAUUCAAAGUAUAUUUUUUUUUGUUCAGAGGUUCUUUUUAAAAAUAUCAAUAAAAUUUCAAACCUGGUUUAGAACAUGUUUACAAGCAUUCUAAAGUUCAGAUCUGUUGAUUGUUUAGGAAUUUUAAAUUUCAUUAUCCUCUUUUUAUUUUUUUUUCACUUAAUGAAGUGUCCUGGUCUUGGCAGAGGCAAGAUUGUAACGUGUAGAAGGGGCCUAUUUACAUCACAAGUUGAGUUUUCUUUAUUUUUUGCUGGGCAAUUGAUUAUGAAAUAAGUUGUUUUUUUUGGUUGUGUAAACAUGUAAUUUUUUAAUAUACAGUGAAACCUAAUUAAAAAAAACAUGUUUUAGAAAACUCAUUAAUAAAAAAUGUUUUCUCAUUCCCUAGAAAUUACUUAUGAUUUAUAGUGCUAAGUAAUUUGUUUAAUACACUAGUAUGGUUAUUAUGUAACACAAAGUUAUCAUUGUUCUAAUCUCAGAAUAAUGUGAAGUUUCAACUAAAAUAAUCCUGCUGCCAUUGCUUUGGUUCAUUGUAGGUUGGGGAAAAACCUUGGAAAUGUUAUUCUUCCAAAUUGUUGGCUAUUUCUUAUUGUAGGUAAUAAUCUAGACCUUUGCUUUAUUGCUCUGUUGAAUAUGAACGAGAAAGGUGUUUUAUUUUCCAACCAUUUUGCAGCUGUAUUAACGGUAUUUUUAAUUUUUGCCUUGGUAAUGUAACCAUAUUUUGUUUAAAACAUUCCAUUAUUUUGCUGCCACACAAUUUGAGCUAAACCAUGUUACAUUCCUUUGGUUGCAAAAGUAGUGUCUCCCAGUUUUGUUGUACGGUCAUUACAUGGUUUGUGAAACAUGGCGUCACCGAUACACAUGCCAAUCACUGUACACAAGAUUUCAUGGAUUUAUUUUUAGUCCAAUAUCUUUUUUUUUAAAUAUAGGAUUUCAGUGUUAUUUAUAUUUUUAUAAAAGCUUUUUUUUUAAUACGUACUCCACCAAAUUAGUGGUAAAAUUUAUAUGAUGCAAUUUUAUGAUAAAAUAAUUUGUGUUAAAUUGGUUUAAAACAGAUCCAUUCAGAACAAUAAAAAUAAAUUAGCAAGAAUUUGUGGUUUGAAAGUGAUUUCAAUAAGAGAUGCAUAGUAAAACAAAUCAAAUUGAUUUUUCUGAUCGAUGCACUUUGAUACAAUUUUUUGUCAAGAAAUAAUGACAUUCCUUGAAUUUAAAAAUAAUUAAAGAUUAUUUUUUUAAUGAUUUUAAUUUAGUUUUGUUUAAAGUCUACUUAAUUACAUGAUAUAACUUGGAUUUCAGUGCUGCAUGAUGCAUUAACUUGGCAUUUCAUUUGUUAUGAGGUGUUAUGACACGCUUUUGGGUAUUAUUUUGGUUUUAUCGCUAUUCACCAUAUAAUCUUGUCCAUAACAAUCACAGAACUUUGUUUUGUUUUGCAAGGAAUCCCGCAUUUUACUUCACACACAAACGGGUAACAGGCCAGCACUUUAGCUAUUGACAUACGUGUGUGAGGUCUCGAGUUACCACUUGCUUGUCUCUAAGUGUGAGACAGGUUCUAUCCUAGCAAUAUGACAUUUUCAAAACAAAGCAACAUCUUUAAGAAUGCUGUUGCAUGUUUUAUAAGAGAGUAUGUUUAUUUGAUAUGGGUGUAAUUUAUUUCUAAAGAGCAUUUUGAUCAUUGUUAAUAAUUAUAAAAAAAAUAGGGAAAGGUUAAGUUUUUCUCAAUGAAAUGCAUUUCAUGAUAACCAAAAAGAGACUGUAACGCAGACAAGUAAAACUUGGGUAUAAUCCGACAGACUUCCUUGUUUCUUCAACUAUAACUUCGUGAGUGUAUAUAACUGUAAAAAGUGCAUUUCACGUAACCAGUAAAUUGUGACUGUUCCCUAGAGAAAUGGUGCACGACUAUGCGUGUAUCCUUCCACCUCGGCAUUGGGCAGUGAAGCUCCCGGUAGCUGUGCUUCUCCGUGCAUUUCUCGCCUCCUGCGGUGGUUCUUUCGCGGAGUCUCGCGGCUCUCGGAACACGUGCGCUCAAAGUGUUCCUUUGUUUACCUUCCGUCAUCCCAAACAUCCCAAUAAAAAAACCACAUGACUUGUAUCACUAUUUGGGGCCUUGCAAACCUAAACUUCCGACAGUUUUGGUCUUGUGGGAAAAAAGAAAUAAAAUAUAUAAAUAAACUGUAUUUGAGUCUGAAUGUGUGGUUGCCGGGAGGAAUAGCGUGUGGUGUGUUGUCUGGUCUGAAGUGCAACUGAAGUUGGUGGAAAUUCCGGGGACAGCUUCAGCGUGAAUGGCAUACGCCUCACGUAGCUACUGUGUAGAUCUUCAUGUGUGUUCUGGUUUGAAGCUGCCUAAAUUGUUUCAAAGAUCUGUUGUUGACUGUUCAUGUUGUUGACUGAUGAGAAUGUAUUUAUUGCACGUAAGCUACGUUAGAAUAGGGUUUAUUUUAGAUGUUUGUACCUUUCCGUCCCGAAACUUGCCGUAACUUUUGUAACUUGAAUCUUUUAUCAUGUGAGUGUUGCAUUCUUGGUGUUUUCUGUGUUUCCUGUACUUGGUAUUGCCUGUCAUGUUCUGUUAAGUAAUGUAAAUAUGUAUGUAGUAUGUGCAUAGUAAUUAGAGGCAAGAUUUUAUGUUUUUAUUUUCAUAAAAGCUGUUUUGUAAUACUUAUUCCACCAAAAUAGUGGUAAAGCUAACAUGCUGAAUUUUUACGAUAAAAUAAUUUGUAAUAAAUUGAUCUAAAAGAGAAACAUUCAGAAUAAAAAAAAUAAAUUGGAGAGCAUUUGUGGUUUGAAAAUGAUUCAAUAAGAGAUGCACAGUAAAACAAAUUAAUUUUUUUGGUUCAUGCACUUAAGUACAUUUUUUUUUUCUUCUGAAAAUGACAUUCCUUGUAUUUCAGACAUUGAAAGAGUACUUUUUUUUUAUCAUUUGAAUUAAGUUUUUGUUAAAUGCUACUUAAUUCCAUUAUAUAACUUGUAUUUCAAUGCUGUAUGGUGUAUUAAGUUGCAUUAUGGUGUUAUGCGGUGUUUAUAGACAUGCUUCACAAUGUUAUUUCGGUUUUAUCACAAUAUCGCCAUAUAAUCUUGUCCAUAAUAAUAAUAAUAAUAAUAAUAAAGAAUGUAAAUAUAUGAUUUAUUUCAAAUUUAAUUGUAAAAUUCAAAGUAGUGGUUUACCAAUGUAAUUUUUUUAGUACUGGUAUCGGCUGAAAGUCCCAAUUUUAUGGAUAUUCUAUAUGAUUUCCAAACGAUACCCAUGGAAAAAGUGCAAUUAAUAUUUCAUCCAUUCAGGUGUCCCCCUUAUUUUCUAUUUAGCUCUUUAUAGGUCUGUAUCUGUAUGCAUCUGUUACUCCAAUUUUUCUGUAAUUAAGGCUAUACUUGAAUGUUUGUUAAUUUUGUAAAGGCAUAAUUUAUAUUGUGCUAUGCAUACAUUUUAUACUGUAGAAUCCUCUUUUUUUUGUCAUCUGCGAAUAACCCUCAUAAUAAUUAAUACUAUGAAUAUACUGGCUUAUUACUUAAAAAUAUUGAAUUUCUGAAGUCUUGGACUGUGAGUACAUAUUUACAAAAUGUAUUGAAUCUGUUUUGUAUCGCUGCUUGUGUGCUGUUAAGUAGUGACUCCUGAUCAGAAAUUGGUAGACUGGUUAACUAGAUGCAUACACUCUCACUACUUCAGAACCGUGCGAUCAAGUUCACUAGAACCUCUACUUCACAAACCCCGGAUUUAAUGAAGCAGUGACUUUACAAAUACCGUGUUUUGUCGCAUAAAGUUUUCGCACAUUUUGUACCAAAAUCAAAUAUGAAAAGUAGGCUGCGAUUUUUACGCGAUAAAAGCAUUUUUGUUGAAGUAAAGUUAUUCAUAAAAACCAAAACUAUUCAUGGAAAGUACUUUUAUUCAAAAAGUAGCAUAUACAAAAGCACGCCCAAAAUUUUAAUUAAUAAGUUAUGCAACAAAAACAUAUUUUGUUCAAUUUUAAAUAGAAAAACCAAAACAGUGACCCGAAUGAGAGUCGGAACCCUGACAGCAAUUUGAAAACCGAUUGCUGUUGUACGGUGCUUUAUCAUGUCAUCUUUACUACCUACAAAAAGCGCUCGGACAGCGGGGCCAAAAAGAACGUGCAAUUUUUAUGUAAGAAUUGUUUUUUUCUUCCUCCAAAAUUUUUAAGCUUGAAAAUAACGAUGUGAUGAAUAUGCAAUAAAACAUGGUACAUUUUCAGGAACUGUCAAAAAUCUGAAAUUUCUACACCAAAAUAUAAAUAACUAGAAAAAAAAUUUAAAAAAUCACUAUGAAAGCUUCUAAAAAUGUUUUAUUUUUUAAAUCACUGCAUUUUGUGUGGGCUUUAAUACUCUCGAUCAUGCUCCUGUAAGAACACAAAAAAAAUGGGACAUUCCGUUUAAAAAUGCAGCGGCUGUAACAUUUACGACGUUGGUGGGCGCGGUUGACUCUCGUCUGGCCGGCGCGUACCGGCAUCGUGACGUCGUACGGCUUACCUCUCCCUCCCCUGGUUUACAUUCUUCAUCCCUCCCAGAAAUACAAACCAUCUUUUUCUUCCCCUCUCUUUAACAGUCCAACAUUCCCUCCCCUAUGUACAACCUUCUGCAUGAGAAACUGUCAACAUCCACACCCCCCCCCCCCCCCCCCCUUCUUUUCAUUCAACACCGUGUGCGACAAAAGCUAGAACAACACACACUGUUUUGUACAUUCCAUUCACGGUAUAUUUUAAGGCCUGCUUGACAGCCUUUUACCAUUAGUAAAUACUUUAAAAGUUAUUAUGGCAUUGGACAUUAAAUUUAAAAAAAAACUUGGACUAUGUAUACUUUGUUGAUUAGUCACAAAAGUAUUUCUGCUGGAAAAUUUCAAACUUCGAAAUUUCUUGGAUGGAUAAAAUUUAGCAGUGUCGUAAAAAAAAUUUCCUGUCAGGAAAUCACUGGAAAAGAGACCUGUGCGAAUAUAUUUUUUGAAUGGAAUUUGAAUGCAAAUAUCAAAAUAUUUUCAAAUGCAAAUGUAGAAUUCAAAUGUCAGGGAAUAUUUUUUUUUCUUAAAAAUAUUUCAUAACUGUUAUAAAGUCAUAUUAUAACAAAGACUUAUACAUAGGUUUUUGCAAUGGCAACACAUAUUUCACGUUGAUGAUUACAACUGCCUAAACACAGUAUACUUUUGAAUUUUUGGGAAUUCUUUUUGGUAGUGGUUGCAGACUGUUCGCUUAUUUUUAACGUAUCAAAAAAAUGUUUUGUCAGAUGCCUUUUUUUUUAUUUAAUAAUUAUGGAAAUCAGGUGUGCUAUGUAUAGGUACAGGUUUUUUUUUUGCUUCAGGAAAAUAUUUUGUAUUGGUACUAAUUAGCAAGACUUCAAAUUUAAGAUGGCAAGAGAAUAAAUAUUAUUAAUGUAAUAAAUAUUAAUGUGUAUGUUGAAUGGAUUUAUUUUUAUAAAAAGUUUAGCCUGUUAAAAUUAAGAACUGCAAGGGAGUUUUCCUUUAACUUGAGAUUAUUUUUCCAGCAAUGUUUUGAAAAUGUCAGACGUUACCAUGGGCUGGAAGAUGUGCUAAUACAUGAUUGGGCUGCUUCAAGCAGCUUGUCAUUUGUUGUUCACUGUUACGUUAAAGCUGCUGCUUUUGUAUGAUUGGUGAUUGUAAUUAUCUGUACAAUGUAUUCAUCAUGUGGUCUAGUCACACAUUAAAAGCACAACCAUAUUUUGUCUUGUCUUUUGUGCAUUUUGAUAUUUGUUCCAGUAGUUGUUUUGAAUUUUGAACACAUUUGUUCAAGGCUAGUGUUCAUUAAUUAUUAAUACAGUUAAUAAAUCUGUUAUAUUGUCGUAAAA